AUGAAAAAACAAGAAAGUUUAAAAUUUCUCUUUAUUCGUGCGAGAAUUGUCUUUCCCUCUCUCUUUUAUCUAUCUAUCUAUCUAUCUAUCUAUCUAUCUAUCUAUCUAUCUAUCUAUCUGACAAAUGAUAGCCGGCGUUUUACCUCUAAUGUUGGCGCAUGCGCAUAUUCUCUCACUUUGACCCCAUCGUUAUCUUAUUCAAACGUCCGCCGGUGUUUCAGCGUUGUUGACAUUCGAUGUCACUGCCCAAUAUGUAACCCUGCCACUUCCCAAGAUACCUUCCAUAAGACAAUCGACUUCAGUGAUUCCGGCAUUCAUCUGCUCUGUUCGGGAAACACUCUCUUAUCUUCUUUACUUCUUCUAUCACUAUUUUUCUUCAUAUUAAUUAUAAUCUUUCUGUUUAUCUUUCUUUCUUUAUUCAUUUAUUUUAGUUUAACUUUCUUUUCUUUUUCUUUCAAUGUAUCAAUCUCUUUCUUUGAAUUUAUCUACCUUUCUUUGUUUCUAUCUAUGAAUUAUUCUUUCUUUAUUUCAAUAUGUCUACCUUUCUUUCAAUCUACAUUUCUUUAUUUCAGUGUAUCUUGCUUUUCUCGGUUACUUUCUAUCUAUCUAUCUAUCUAUCUAUCUAUCUAUCUAUCUAUAUUUAUUUAUUUAUUUAUUUCAAUCUAUCGUUAUUUAUUUCAAUUUAACUUUUACUUUAUUUGUUUCAAUAAACCAAUCUUUCUUCCAAUCUAUCUACCUUUCAUUGUUUCUAUCUAUCUAUCUAUCUAUCUAUCUAUCUAUCUAUCUUAG